UCUGCUCAAGUCAAAGAUAGAAAGAGAGAGAGGAAUACAUACAUACAGAGUUACAGACGUACGAACCUUGAAUGAUGGGGAGGAUUUCAGAGUCGAUCUAAAAGGGAAACAACCACAUGAAGUGAUGAAGCGCCGCCGUCACAUUCGGUAAGAGUGUCCCUCACCUGCUCGCCUUCGGUCAAAUCCGCCGACCACCCGCGCUCGUCUAGCCAUCCAUCCAUCGGAGGCGGAUACGUCGGGGCAGACCAUGGCCGCCAACCCACCUCCUCCGCCUUGUUCCGCUCAGCCCUCUUCCUCGAACACCGGAUCGCCCGCCACGGGUCUCGCCCCACCCAUCGAACCCGCCGCCGCCUCUGCCUCCUCCUCCCUGUCCCAUCCGGUCCCGCUGGAGUCCCUUCAGGCCCGUCACGCCUCCUACCCGGCCUCCUCGCCCCAUCCCGACCAUGGCGAACUGUUCCUGCAAGAGAUUGAGGCCGUGGACGAUUAUUGGGGCCCGACUUUUCGUGCCAUCUACGAAUCCGAUGCUUCGCAAGCCUUUCUCGAGCGGUUGGAACAAAGGACCCAUGAGCACGAUGCCGAGAUCGAGAAGAUGUGCAAUCAUCACUACCAAGGGUUCAUCUCGUCGGUCCGAGAUCUCUUGGGCGUCCGAUCGGAUGCCGAGACCCUUAAGGCCGAGGUAGGGGCCAUAGACAACGAUAUUCGAAACUCGGGGCAGGGAGUGGCCGUCAAAGCCCGAGAUCUGGUCAAGGCCCGUCGAGUUGAGCGGAAUAUCGCGGCCACCAUUGAGUCGUUGUCGUUGUGCUUGCCUGUGCUGCAAAUGUUCACCAAGUUGAACAAGCAAAUGAGUGAGAAGCGGUUCCAUCCCGCCUUGAAGACUCUGGAGCAAUUGGAACACACCUAUCUACCCCGCAUAGCCAAAUACAGAUUUUCGAAACAAAUGCAAGCCAGCAUCCCGCGGUUGAGAGAGGGCAUCAAGGAGGCCUCUAUAAGUGAGCUCAAGGAUUUCCUGGAGAAGAUCCGCGAGUAUUCGCCUCGCAUUGGCGAGCUGGCCAUGCGCAAAACGGCGCUGAAAAUGAACCUGGAUCACACGUUGGCCAAAGAUCAUGGCGCUCAAUCUGGGAUUCCGUCCAAUCCGUUCGGUGGAGAUAUCGACGAUGACGAGGAUGACCAAUUGAACGGCACGCGGCUCUCCCUAUCCCCGGACAAAUCGCCUCAAGCCGCUCAGGACUUUGUGGACUUUGGUCCCGUGUAUCGGGGGUUACAUAUAUACACCAAACUGGGGGAACGCGACAAAUUCCAGAGUUAUUAUCAGAAACAGAGACUUCAACAAGCCAAAUUAACGCAACAACCUCCGCCCAAUAUGCACGAGUCCAUCGAAGGAUAUAGUGCGUUUUUCUAUGGCAUCAUCGGAUUCUUCGCUUGCGAGGACCACGUGUUGAACACGGGUAACGGACUGAUCACCCGUGGUUACUUAGAUGAGUUGUGGAAAGGCAUGUCCACGGGGAUCAAGGAGACCUUGCAACAGCAUUCGGCCUAUUGUACUGAGUCCGGGUUCAUUUUGAAAAUCAAAAACCUUAUGUUGCUCUUCUCGCGAACUCUUCAGUCCUAUGGAUUUGACGACGAUCAAAUGAGCUCCUUACUCCAAGAGCUCCGAGAUCACUAUACCGAGGUACUCAUGCUGAAGUGGGUGGCCAAGUUUUCGGCGAUUUUCAAGGUUGAUAACUAUCACCCAAUCGAGGUCAACAAUCCAGAUGAAUAUUCUAGUGUCACAAAUAACUUCCCGUUGACAAGUCCAUCAUUGGAGGAAGCACCCUUUCCCCGACAAUUUCCAUUUUCUGCCAUGGUGCCCAAAGUGUACAAUGAAGUGAAAGAAUUCAUUCUGUCGUGUGUUCAGUUCUCGCAAGAUCUCCACCUUAGUUUCGAGGAGAUCGACCAAGCCGUGCGAAAGGCCACCAACACCCUCCUAACUCCAACAUUAAGUGGAUGUUUAUCCAACUUGAUCCGCACCUCCAAUCUAAGCUUACUCCAGCUCAUCCAGAUUGACAUCAACACCUAUCAUUUGGAAGAAACGAACGUUCAUUUAGAGAAAUACAUCUCAGACAUCACAGGCGCCAACCUUGAAAAUAGCUCCAAGUCUCGGCUGCAAGCUCGAGCCAUUUUUAAGGACAUUCGUGUUGAGGCUGAGGAAGAGAUCCAUUGCAAACUCAUUUCCAAAAUGGACGAAUUCAUCGAGUUGGCCAGUUACGAUUGGCUCAUGUCCGAGCCUGAAGGCACUUCUUCGUCGUGGUUGACCGACCUUAUCGCAUUCCUCAAUAGUGUCUUCCUAUCCUUUACGAACUUGCCAGUCAAGCUGGCUCAGAAAACGUGCAUGUCGGCCUUGCAAUAUUUGGCCAAGUGCAUACAAGCCAUGCUCCUAGAUGAGAGUGUCAAAGCCUUAUCGCACGGUUUCAUCCAGCAAUUGGACUUGGAUGUGGUUCAAUGCGAGCAAUUCGCAGCAAGUGAGCCAGUUACCGGUUUAGAGGAGGGCGUGCUCCUACUUUGCUUUUCUGAUUUAAGGCAGUUGUUAGAUCUGUUUGUCAGUUGGGAUUGGAGCAAUUACCUGGCCGAUUAUGGAAAUCCCACAUCCAAAUACAUUCGGGUGAAGCCACAACACGCCUUGAUUCUCUUGGAUAAAUUGAAGGAGGCUGAGAAGAAGAAUAUGUUUGGUAUCAUGAACAAGAAAGAUCGGGAUAAGAAACGCCUCGUGGACAUUGUGUACAAGCAGUUGAAGAAUCUGACUCUUCAGCAAACCAACGGCGUGUGAUGUGAUCAGAGACAUUCCAAAUUUCUUGUCAUUAUCUCGUCCAAGAUGACCAUAGGAAAGGACCAAGAAGUCAGGUGUUUUAGCCACUUAUUUAGUAGCAGAGGUUUCUAGCAAUCCCAAAAGAAGUGCUAUUUUGCAUUUCUAUGUUAUACAAAUGUGCUUACACAGUAAGUGACGAGGCAAUAGGUUGCGAGCCCGCAACUUAUGUCGUCGUUUCUUCCGAUCUUCCCACCUGAAACACGGCUUUUUCGAAGUGAGACAACUCAAUCCAAUGAUUCAAGACGAACCCCUGUGAUCUAGUGAAUGGUACUCUAAUUUUCUUCCCGUUGUUUUUCCUAAGGACUUUGUACAACUUAUUGAAUCGUUACAGCCUUCCACCCUUCGGUUCGUUCAUUAGAUUGAUUCGCUGAUCAAUGGACAAACCAUAGAGACUACUACUAUAAAGAUCACUCAUUUAUGCAUUCCCAUCCACGUAUAUCUAUCAUAGAAACUAAUUUCCAAAUAUUUAAGCAAACCUAUAAAGCUAACCGUUGAAUAAAAAGUUGCUGAUCAAA